AUGGCGGAGAAGGAAAAAGCAAUAGUGAAUGAAGAAGAGGUUGAAAAUGUAAUGCCAAGGCCUGGUUCCAGAAGAACUGGUUCAAUUAGAACCUCUACUUGGACAGCGGAAGAGGAUUCUCUUUUGACUAAGCUAGUCAAGCAGUACUGCCCUGGCAAAAAGUGGAAGGCAAUCGCUGCCUAUUUUGCUAACAGAACCAAUAUCCAGUGCUUGCACCGCUGGCACAAGGUUCUAAAUCCAGUACUAAUUAAGGGACCAUGGUUAAAAGAGGAGGAUGAGAAACUAAUUGGGCUAGUUCAUAAGCAUGGUCCCAAGAAUUGGUCUGCUAUUUCCAAAAGUAUGCAAAUUCGCACAGGGAAACAAUGCAGGGAAAGGUGGUAUAAUCAUUUAACCCCAUCUGUAAACAAAGAUCCAUGGACAAAAGAGGAAGAAUCCACUCUUGUUAAAUAUCACCAAAUCUAUGGUAAUAAAUGGGCUGAAAUAGCUAAGUUUAUGCCUGGAAGGACUGACAAUUCAAUUAAGAAUUACUGGCAUUGCAAGUUGAAGAAGAAGAUGCCAGCAUCAGGUUUUCAUACAAACAAUAACCAUAGAUUAGAAGAAGAUGAUGAUAAUUUGAAUGGAACUAGCCGAAGAGAAAUUAUCUUUGAUAAGCGCAAGCCACCACUACCACCACCACCACCUCAUCAUUAUCAUCCACAUUCAUCAUCAUCACCAUCAUCACCAGCUCCAUUAUUAUGUUCCAGUAGUGUUCCAGAUCUGAACAAAUUACAAUCACCACCAUCAGAUUGCUCAUCUACUGAUGCAAUUAAACACAGUAACAGUACUAGUAAUUUAGAUCACAGAUUGAGGUUGUUAGCAACAACUUUCAACAACAUUCCUAAUAUAAUAAGAAGCAGAAGAACUACUACAAGGGCUAAUAACACUAAUGGUACUAAUAAUAGUUCUUCUUCUAAUAAUGUCUCUUGCUCUACAAAAAAUUUGUCUUUUGCGAACCUAGAAGAAGAUUCAUCCGGUGAUCGAGAAGAAUAA